AUGGCGGCGCAAUGGCGCUUGGUGGCGUCUUGCGGGUCUUUGUGUGCGGCGCAUGCGGUGGCGGCUCCCGCGCUGCUUAUACCGUGCGGCCGAGGCGGUCCGAGGGCGGUGCGGCCGAGCGUCAGGUCGGGCAAGCAGACGCAGCGGUUGGCGGCGAGGGCCUUGUCGUGGCGGCAUGUGAGGCGGCAGGUGGCGGCGAGGCUGUUGGGCGAGGGCCCUAGUGGCCCGAGCCGCAGAGCGAGCCUGGUGGCGCGGCGCGAGGGCGGAUGGCGGCGAGCGGUGGCGGCGGGGCGGUGGCGGCGAGGGCUGGUAGCGGCGGAGGGCGGUGGCGGCAAAAGAGGGCCGGGUGCGGCCGAGGGCGGUGGCGGCGAGCGGGGUGGCGGCGAGGGCGGUGCGGCGAUGGGCGGUGCGCGCAGAGAGUCAGCGUGGUCGGCGAGCCCCGUGGCGGGCGAGGGCUGUUGCGGCAGAGGGCGGGUGGCGGCGAGGCGGGGUGGCGGCCGAGGGCGGCGUGGCUGCGACGGGCCGUGGCGGCCGAGGGUGGCUGGCGGCGAGGGCGGUGGCGGCGGAGGCGCGAGGGUAGCGGCGAGCGGCGGUAGGAGUGCGGUGGGCGGCGAAGCGGUGGCGGCGAGGGCGCCGCGCGGUGGCUUGGUAGGCGGUGGCCGGCGGGGCGAGAUAGGUGGCGGCGAGGGCGUGGUGGAGAGGCGGUGGCGGCCCGAGGGCAGUAACGCGCCCGGCGGCGGCCCGCGUCUCCGGCGCCUGCGUCGCCCCAGCGCCGCGCCGCCUUUGCCCACGCGCCGACGCAUACGCGCGGUGCGGGGCCCCGAGCAAUUUGCCAGCGCCUCGCCGCGCCGCGCCGCGCGGCGGGGCUGUAGCUUUGGAAUCCGCAACGCUUCUGCGUUCUGCGGGUGGCCUGCUGUGACGUCAUCUCCCGGCGCACUGCCACCACACUACCUCCCCCGCCACACCACGCCCCGCCACAUCCACCAACGCCGUCACCGCCGCCAUCCCCGCCGCUACGAGCGCAUCAUCACCACACAGCCGUCACCAACCGCCGUCACACCGCCGUCACACCUGCCGUCACCACCGCCGUCACCACCGGCCGUCACCACCGCCGUCACCACCGCCCGUCACCACCGCCGUCACCACCGCGUCACCACCCGUCACUCCUCCGCCGCCGUCCCUCCUCGCCCGCCGUUCAACCUCCUCCGCCGCCGUCACCUCCUCUCGCCGCCGUCACCAUCCUCCGCCUGCGUCACCCUCCUCCGCGCCGUCACCUCCGUCCGCCGCCGUCACUACCUCGCCGCCGUCCUCCCUCCGCUCCGUCACCGAUCCUCCGCCGCCGUCACCUCCUCCGCCGCGUCCUCCUCCGCCGCCGUCACCUCCUUCCGCCGUUCCGUCACUUCUUCCCGCGCUUUCACCUCUUUCGUUCGCGCCGUCCCCUCUUCCGCCGUCGUCACCGUCUUCCGCCGCCGUCCCUCCUCCGCCGCCGUCACCUCCGUCGCCGCCGUCCUUCCUGCCGCCCGUUCCACCUCCUCCGCCGCCGUCACCUCCUCCGCCGCCGUCACCUCCUCCGCGCCGUCACCUCCUCCGCCGCCGUCACCGUCCUCGCCGCCCGUCACCUCCUCCGCCGCCGUCCUGCCUCCGCGGCCGUCACCUCCUCCGCCGCCCGUCACCUCCUCCGCCGGGCGUCAACCUCCUCCGCCGCCGUCCCUCCCUCCGCGCCUCACCUCCCUUCCGGGCGCCGUCACCUCCUCCGCCGCCGUCACCUCCCUCCGCCGCCGUCCCCUCCUCCGCCGCCGUCACCUCUCCGGCCGCCGUCACCUCCUCCGGCCGCCGUCACCUUCCUCCGCCGCGUCAACCUCUCCGCCGCCGUCACUCCUCCGCCGCCGGUCACCUCUUCCGCCGCCGUCACCUCUUCCGCCCGCCGUCCACUCCUCCCGCCGCAGUACCUCCUUCCGCCGCCGUCACCAACCUCCUCCGUCCGCCGCCACCAUCUCCGCCGCCGGUCACCUCCUCCGCCGCGUCACCUCCUCCGUCCGCGUCACCUCCUCCGCCGCCGUCCUCCUCCGCCGCCGUCCACUCUCCGCCGCCGUCCCCUCCUCCCCCGCCGUCCCUCCUCCGCGCCCGGUCACCUCCUCCGCCGCCGUCACCGUCCCUCCGCCGCCGUCACCUCUCCGCCGCCGUCACCUCUCUCCGCCGCCGUCACCUCUCCGCCGCCGUCACCUGCACUCCGCCCGCCGUCCACCUCCCUCCGCUCCGCCGUCACCUCCUCCGCCGCGUCACCUCCUCCGCCGCCGUACCGCUCCUCCCGCCGCCGUCACUCCUCCGCCGCCGGUCACCUCUCCGCCGCCGUCAUCACCUCCUCCGCCGCCGUCCUCCUCACGCCGCCGUCAUCACCGUCCUACCGCCGCCCGUCAAUCACCUCCUCCGCCCCGCACCUCUCGCCCUUCAGCACCUCCUCCGCCGCCGUCAACCUCCUCCGCCCGCCUCACCUCUCCGCCCCGUCACCUCCUUCCGCCGCCCGUCACCUUCCUCCCGCCGCCGUCAACCUCCUCCGCCGCCGUCACCUCUCCCCGCCGUCACUCCCUCCGUCACCGCCGUCAACCCCUCGCGCUCGUCACCCUCCUCCGCCGCCUCGUCACCUCCUCCGCCGCCGUCACCUUCCCUCUCGCCGCCUCACCCUUUCCUCCGCCCGCCGCGUCACCCUCCUCGGCACCUCGCCGCCGUCACCUCCUCCGCCCGCCGUCACCUCCGCCGCCGUCACCUCUCCGCCCGCGUCACUCCUCCGCCGCCGUCACCUCCUCCGCCGCCGUCACCUCCUCCCGCCGUAUCUCCGCCGCCCGUCCUCCCGCCCCGUCACCCCUCCCCGCCGUCACCUCCUCCGCGCCGCCGUCACCUCCUCCGCCGCCGUCACCUCUCCGCCGCCGUCACCCUCCUCCGCCGCCGUCCUCCCGCCGCCGUUCACCCACCCUCCGCCGCCGUCAACCCCUCUCCGCCUGCCGUCACCAUCCCUCCCCGCCGUCCACCACUCCUCCGCGCGUCACCACCCUCCCCGCCGUCACCUCCUCCGCGUCAGCCGUCCCUCGCUCCGCCGCCGUCACCUACUUCGCCGUCACCCGCCGCGGCCGCCGUCACCUCCUCCGCGCCGCCGUCACCUCCUCCGCCCGUCCCCGCGCCGCCGCCCGUCACCACGCCGCGUCGCCGUCGCCGCCGCAUCCGCCACCGCCAUAUCCACCAUCGCCACCGCCCCAGCGCUCACCGCAGCGCGCCCCGCCCCGCCCCGCCCAGCGCUCGCGAUUUGCACUUCGCUGCACCGCGCCGCGGGCUGCGCUGACGGGCUCCCCCCCACUUGUUACGCUAUCGCCCUCGCGCUCUGCCUCGUUACGGCGCGAUUUGUGGAGGAAAGCGCGGCGCGGCGUGGCGCGGCGGCUCGCGAGGAAGACUUUAGCAGCGUACGGGACGCAAGGUUUUGUUCGUAUUUUGACUCAUAUUUCUAGUACACCUCAGUCCGAAGCUAUUUCAAGUAAUGUAGAUGGAAGAAGGAUUCGCCCGUCGCCCUGUCACCCGCCCCGCCGCCCGCCGCCCGCCGCCCAGCCGCCGCCCGCCCGCCGCCCGCCGCCCGCCGCCGCCCCCGCCGCCCGCCUGCCCGCCCCCGCCGCCCGCGGCCCGCGGCCCGCCGCCCGCCGCUCGCGCCCGCGGCCCGCCGCCCAGCCGCCCGCCGCCCGCCGCCUCGCCCCCAUCCGCAGCCCUAAGGCCAUGCCUCCUGCGGCCGUUCCUCACCGGGAGAUGCCAGACAGCGAAUACGUCACUGCCCGCCGCCCGCCGCCCUACGACCACGCCCUGCGGCCGUACCUCGCCGGGGGAUGGCCGGAGAGGCGAGGACGUUGUGACCCCAUCGCCGAAGCAACCGCAGCAGUCCCAGCCUCCCUGUCCACCCCUGCGACCCUGUUGUCGCUUCGGCCGCACCGCUUCCGCAGAGGCAAAUUGGGCCCGAAAGGGCCGUAA